GAAUACUCCCCCAGUUACAAGAGGCGCAGGACUGUGGAGGACUUCAACAAAUUCUGCACCUUUGUCUUGGCCUAUGCUGGCUACAUUCCUUAUCCAAAGGAGGAACUUCCUUUGAGGAGCAGUCCCAGCCCUGCCAACAGCACUGCUGGUACCAUUGACAGUGACGGCUGGGACGCUGGUUUCACUGACAUGGCGUCCUCAGUGCCCUUGCCAGUCUCUGACCGCUGCUUUAGCCACCUGCAGCCCACCCUCUUGCAGCGAGCCAAGCCCAGUAACUUCCUGCUGGACAGAAAGAAAACGGACAAGCUGAAGAAGAAGAAGAAGAGGAAGCGGAGGGACAGUGAUGUGCCCACGAAGGAGGGGUUCAGAGGGGGCUUGCUGAAGCUGGAAGCUGCUGAUCCAUACGUAGAGACCCCCACGAGCCCCACCCUGCAGGAUAUCCCUCAGGCUCCCAGCGACCCCUGCUCGGGCUGGGACUCUGACACUCCCUCCAGUGGGUCUUGUGCCACUGUGUCACCUGAUCAGGUCAAAGAAAUAAAGACUGAAGGCAAACGGACUAUCGUCCGGCAGGGAAAGCAGGUGGUGUUCCGAGACGAGGACAGCACUGGCAAUGAUGAGGACAUAAUGGUAGAUUCAGAUGACGAUUCUUGGGACCUCGUCACCUGCUUCUGCAUGAAGCCAUUUGCCGGCCGCCCCAUGAUCGAGUGUAAUGAGUGCCACACCUGGAUUCACUUGUCCUGUGCAAAAAUCCGGAAAUCCAAUGUUCCGGAAGUGUUUGUCUGCCAAAAGUGCCGGGACUCCAAGUUUGACAUCCGCCGUUCCAACCGUUCUCGAAUGGGCUCCCGGAAGCUGUUUCUGGACUGACUGUGGCUGGAGAAGGGACUGUGGGAGAGGAAUCAGAAGGGACGGUGGGCCUUCUGGCCCCUCUUUCAGUUGAGCACAGAACUCAGCUCUGGUGCGGGCAGAUCCCUGCCAUUCAGGUGCCUAAGCAAAAGGACAGGCUGUCCAAGGUAGAAACUGUACAUAGCCAGGGCCCGAAGGAGUACAGUCUUGGUUGGCCAAAGCUGCUGCAGGAGCUGUGUUCUCUGCAGUGGAAAUGAACUGGACACCCAAGUACAGUGGGUUUGGUUCCGCUGAAAAUGAGGGUACACAGUCAUUGUGUGUUUUCUAUCAUUGGUAACAAAUUCCUGUCAGUUGGAACCAGUGCUCGCUGCUGUUCCUGCUUCCAUGUGUUGGGGAGGGGAGCCGUUUGGGUUCCUGGCCUGUUAAUGAGCAGCCAUACGCGUGUAAGCUUUCUCUCACGUGUCAGUCUUUACCGUAAGUGUACAGCAACCGUCAAAGUUGCCCCUACCUUAGUGGCCCUUCCUCUCCACCUGCUCAGCUGCUGGCUGAGUCCUCUGGGCUCUGAGAGGAGCCCUGCAGGGGAGGGGUGGGCUAACUAGUGACCCUUAGAUUUCCUUCUGUUUGUUAAAAAGGGACAAUAUGUGGCCGCUUCUCUUUGGAAAGGGGGUUGGUUGGGGGGUUGAGGUGGCCUGUGUUCAUAACUCAGUUUCCUGUUUUGCACGAUGUAAAAAACCUGUCUUUUUGCACGAUACAGCCAAAAGUAUUGGCCAAUUUCUUACUGGGUGCCCUUUCUUUCCAGGUGGUAUGGGAGGUCCUGGUGGGGCGCAGGUAAGCUGUUUUCAAGUGUGGGAGUUCUCGGUUUCUCUUCUCGUCAUACUUCAAGCGACAUAAAGAUAGGCAAUCACUGGACACCAGUGGUGUUCCUUUAAAUAAUGGAAAUAAAGAAAAAUUGGGAGGGAGGCCUCUCCCCUGGUUGAUUCUUAAUAUGCCCUUUAUACAGGCUGGCCUGCAGGUUCCUCAGGGCAAGGUUAGGACUUGAAUUCUCCUUUUGAUUUGCAUUGGUGAGUGAGUCAUAAAGCAGUGCUGGCUGUCAGGAAUGUACCACUGACCUGUACAGAGUUCCUUAGAUCUGAAGCAGGAUUCCAGACUGCAGAGGCCCUUGUGAGGCCCAGCUCCAGAGCAAAGGGAGUUGUGGCUGAAGCACCUGCAGAACUGAGCUUGAGAGCAGUGUAGCCCAGGACACUGGUGGUUCUAGGGCUUGGAGUGAGAGGAGGUCUUUGCCUUUCUCCAGCACUUAACAUUGCUCUUAGCAGUUCAAGUACUUGUUUUCGAGAAUAAGUACUUUUGUAAAUUGAUGGGUUUGUUUCUUGUAAGGCAUAAAAAUGGAAGAAUGCCCAAGCCGGUCAUAUUUAUUAAUAUCUGCAGCAGGCUGGGUCCUCCCUCUCCCUGUUUGCAGCUCCCCCUCCACGUGGCACUGUUGUGUGGGGCCACCAGGUAGACUCCUUCUGUGGUCUGUGACUGAAACACUAAGGGGGUUGUUUAACUGUAAUUUAGCUAAUUAGAGCCAUUUUUUUUCUUUCUUCAUUUUUUUUUCUUGUCUAGUAACUCAAAUUUGUCCAGCCAACUGAUUUUUUUUUAUUUUUUUAAUUCUGUUGCUUUUAUUAACACAAAAGAAGAGAGAAAUUGUUUCUGGAACCUAGUUUAUCCUGAAGAUCCCCAAGGAAAAAGUUCUACUAGAGAGAAAAAUAUAAGCUGGUUUAGAAACAACCUUCUCCCAGACAGUUGUCUGGCUCUGAUGAGGGCAAAACAUCCAGGACAAGUUGGAGAAGAAUUUGCCAAAGAUCUGCCCCGUGACAAUGCCUGUCCAGUGUCUUCACCUGCGAAUAACCAAAGUUGCAGUGUUUUGUUUUUGUUUCUUUUUUUUAAGACAAGAUUUUAAAAGUGCAUUUAAGAAUAUGUGUGUGAUUUUAGAAUGGAACUGCCAACUCUGAUAACAUGCUUAGAAGGUCUGAAGCUUCUGGAAUGCUUUCAAUAAUUCAUCUCAAUUUCUGUUUCUUUGAUCUCAUUUUUGUUCCUUUAGUAGAUUCAUUCCUGUGGGUGGUGUCUAAGAAGUCAGACACCAUGGUUUUCGUUAGAUUGAGCUGGGCAGCUUCAUUGAGCUUCUUUAUGCAAGUUAGGCAUGACCCAUCUAGGGGCUCCUGGUUGGUGGCUAAUGAAGUGAGAGGGAAAGAUGUUACCCCCAAAACUAGGCCUUUCCCUGUUGGCUUUGGCCAGGCCAGACACUUAACAUCGUUUACAUGGUUCUGUGUAAUUUUAAAGUUUAUGUGUAUAAAGCGAAGCUGUUUCUGUGAAACUGUAUAUUUUGUAAAUAAAUAUAUUGCUACUUUGAGGUUCA